AUGAACUCCUCAGUUGUAGCCUGCCGGGAAAUUUUUGAUGAAAACAGUCAACCGUCUGCUGAGGAAAUAUCAGAUUAUGCUUGCCAAUUGGGAAUUGAUCCAGAAAGUGAAACCCAUCUCCUACCAUUGGCUCGGGAUGGACUUAUGCAAGCACUACCAUCACCUUGGAAAGCAUACUUUGAUGAGAAGUUGCAAAGUCAUUACUAUUACAAUGAAGAGACCAAAAAGACUCAAUGGGAACAUCCUUUGGAUCAUAUAUAUAGGGAACUUGUCAAAAAAGCAAGAGAUGCCUCAGUGUUAGAUGAUACUUGUGCCUCAGUACAGGAGCUAUUAACAUCAGAAGAAAACACAAAAUUUCUUGAAAGAGUCGAGACAAAAGUAGAAAGUGAUGAGGACGAAUUAAUAACAGACAGUGAACACCACGACGUCAAAGAAAAUGUUACCUUAUCACAGGGACAAAAGCGUCCUUUGGGUAGACCGCCCUUAGGUCCGUUGUCAAGAUUUGAAAAGAAAUUAGGUGAUUUACGAAUUUCACCCUUACGGCGGAGUAUGGAUAGUUCUUUAACACCUAAACCAAAUUUACCAAGAAAUCCAAUGGACAAAGACCAGCUGCGUCCAAUGGAAAGACCUAAAACAUUAUUUAAGCAACAAUCCGAAAUAAUUGAUCUGAAAAUGCAUGUGCUUACUAGUCCUGAGGAGGAAAACUUUAGCCCAUUACUACUGACAUCUGCAAAAGUUGACAAGGGUUUGCCCCUCUCUGGAAAGGGCAACAUGUUUCUGCGGAUAUCAAGAUCAAACCUACCAAGUCCAGACACAGAGAAGUCUUCACACUUAGAUUCAAUUACGAAAAGUGAUCCGCCUAAAGGAAUUUUACGGGAAAAAUCCUCUGAUUACAUACAGCGUAAGAUUGAAAGCAUUGUCACUGGAAACCCAAAACAAGCGACAAGCUUUGAUGAAGACAAGAAAAGCGUUAGAUUUCAGUUAGAAAAUCUUCCAGAACCAACUGUCAGUCCCGGCUCGAAUAGUUCAUCAGAACAAAAUGAGGCACAGAGUUCAAUAAUAACUGCACCUGGCCCCAAUCAUCCCCUAUCUGAUCCUUUCUAUAUUCCUUCAUUUAAACCUCAAAUGCCGUCUUUGACUACACAUGGACUUUCCUCAAAUUCGCCUAUUUUAUCUUUUCCUAAAAGUCAGCCCCUAGCCAAUGUGCCACUCAACUCCAUUGUAUUAUCACCGUUAGCUGGAAGGCCACCUAUACCGCCAAGAAUUGACAGUCCAAGAGACAAAAAUGUUUCUGGUUCAGAAAAAGAUUCACUUGACAGUGAAAGUCGCGAUAGCCGCGGUGUUUCUCCUCGUCGGCGGCUUGUCAAACCUCCCGUACCCGAUUACAUCAAGCCUGGAUUGUUCCAGAAAAAUUUUCAAAAGAUUUCUGAUUUAGUGCAUAAACCAGAUAUUGAAACAACAUCUAGCAAUCUGGAAGAACCAGUCUCUGAUAAAGAAAUUCGCCCGAGAUCACCGCUUAUUCCGCAGACAAAAAAAAUAUCAAUUAACUUGAUGGAAAGUAUUGAGUCUGAAACGUCAAUUGAUUCACCGGAUAGAGAAUUCGCAAACAUUGACCUUAACGAUUUUGAUGGUGCCAAUGAAAAUCAGAAUGAAAAUACGAAAUCAAGUGAUAAACAAAAAGAGAAAUCUCCGAAAGUGCCUGAAGAUGGUUCGGAGAAAUCGCAUUCUAAGACUGAUUCCAUAAGAAACUCUGAUAUGCCAACGUCUUCAAUUAAAAUUUCAAAACUAGAUUGUAUAAAGUCGACUAAGUUCGCGCAUUCCGAUUCAGAGGGUUCUAGAAAUAACGAAAAAGAAGAGCAAAAAAGUAGUAUUAGAUCUAAUAGUAUAGAUAUUCCUAAAGACUUGAGAACUACUUUAAAGCUGUCCCCUACCCCUAGCUUAGGGUCCGAUAGACCGCCUAGGUUAGAAUUAAAUAAGUCUUGGACUAGUAGUCUAUCUACAUUUAAGCCUUUAAACAAAUCUGGAACAGCACCAUUGAAAUCAACAGAGACGUUAGGAAAAAGCUUAAGCCCCAGACUAGAUGGUGUAAUGCUAUCCCAAGGCAAAUCCAGUUCUGAUAACGUGGUUGUCGUAUAUCAGUUUGAAACCCAAGACGAGAGUCCAAAAAUUAAGUCGCCGAUUCCAGAUAUGGGAGUGAGGGAAAUGGUGGAGAGAAAUAAAGCAGAUGAAAGAAGGAGACUGGAGUUGAGUUUGCAAAAAGAAUUGGAGAUGAUAAGGAUGGAGUUUAGUAGCAAAGAGAGAAGAAUGAGAGCAGAGUUACAGACUGAGUUACGAGAAGCGGAAGAAAAGUUUUUAAUGGACAAAACGCAGCGACUGUCAGAGCAAAAUGAAAGGCAUAAAAAGGAAACGGAAGAAGCCCUACAAAGUAGUGAAAAAAAUCAUCGCCAAGCAUUAGAAAAUAGUCUAAAAGAGUUAGAGAAUUAUUAUCAAAACGAAUUGUCUAAAGCUCGCAGUCAACACGAUAGCGACCUAAUAAAAAUACGAGAAGAAUACGCCAAGAAACUCGAAACUCAAAAGGAACAAUUGGAAAUAGACAACGAGCGUGCCCUUACCGAAGUCCGUGAUCAGCUCCAACUGGCACUGUAUAAAGAGAAGUCGCAAAUUCUAGAAGAGAACAGAGCUACCAUUGACUCGUUGAGGGAGGAGCAUUCAGCGAGAAUUGCCGAUCUCAGACAUGAUUACAGAGCUGAGGUAGAACGACUUCGCAGUCAGCACGCGUGUCAUUUAGAAGAGUUGCGAGUGCGGCUGUCCGGGGAAAGAGCAGCAGCCGCGGUCAGGCAAGACGACAGAGCUUUGCACGACAAGUACCGCUGCCUUAAAGAGAAAUACGCAAGACUGAAACACGAUGUCAAGAUAACUUUAGAGCGUCGAAACAAGCGACGCGAAAUGAGUAUGACAACGGGUUCCGAAACUGAGAAAUCUAACAGUCACAAAGCGACACAAUCCUUAGAGAGGUGCAAAGAAGUUAAUGAGACGUCAGUGAGCGCCAUAAUAGAGACGGAGCCACCGAAACUUCGCAUCAACAAUAACCCAAUUAAGUACGACAAUGAGACUUCCUACUCCGAAAGCAAUGCACCGAAGUCAGACAACAAUAAUGAGGAGUGGAAGAAUAAUACGCCGGCGGUGACGUCACUUACGUCUGCACUGAAACAGUCGAGGGUCAGACGCGCUGGAGUCGCCUUUAGGGAACCACCGAGGCGUAGUCGGGAUAGAGAGAGAGACACGGGCGUCGCUACCGACUGUCAGGAUUCGUCCGAUGCCACUACAGCAGAUGAAAAACCUAAGGAAUCAGUCAAUGGUCCUAUGCGCCGUAGAUUCACGAGGUUAAAAUCAGCUUCCACGUCAAGAUUAAACUAUUCGCCCAAACGUGGUGAAGGCUGGGCAAGCCCAUUGGAGUCACUUCGACAGCAACUUAGAAAAUUAGACGACUUAGAAGACCAGUUUCCAGAUCUCGCUUGUCAGCCUGCCUAUAGUUUACGAUAUCCUUUCGCUGAAUUCGGUCCUGUAGCUACAGCCGAUACUCCGGAACUGGAAUUUGUCCGUCACCGUGCUUUGGUGGAACGUGAAGGAAUGCGCCGCGCGAGAGCCGUGCUGCGCCGGCGCAAGGCUGCACUAAAAGAGUCUCGGGCGUCUCUCUCACCGCAUAGGGCUGCUUCGGAAGGAACAACAAGCGAAGGCUCUUCUGGAAGUGACGGUAGGAACGAAGUGGAAACUGGUGGAGCGGUGUUGCGUUCGCUCCGGGCUCUACAUGCUGACGUUAGAGAUAUUUGGCGGGCUCUGGAAGUGAGAAGACCUAACACCGCGUCGCCUGAAACCAGUUCUUGCAAUGUCCCGACAACUUCACACACUCGAAUGACACUGUCAGCUCCGGACCCCAUUCUACAGGACAAUUCGGAUAGUGUUACUGAAAAAGCGAAAGGAUUGCGUGCGUGGCUCCAGACUACACCAUAG